AUGGACCCUCAACGAAAGAUACAACCAUUGUCGUCUAGUAAGAGUGAUCGUAAAAAGGUGAGGGAUCGAAAAAAGAAUAUCAUGAAGAAAGCUGAGGAGCUUUCAAAACUUUGUGAUAUUGAUGUAUGUUUGAUCCUCUACCAACGUCAAAGCACUAUAGCAGAAACUUGGCCGGAAGAUCCUGAACGAGUCAAUCACAUUCUCACUGGGUACAAGGCAGGCCGAGCAAGAGAUGCUAGCAGUCCAUCAUCCCUCACUUCUGGAAAAACGAAGGCUCGAAAGUCGGAUGGUAGUUGUGAGAAUGUUGUUGAUUUGCAGAAGGAGAUGUUGCACCCGACAUGGGAGGAUCGAUUAGACGGCUAUUCUGAGGAAGAACUGAUUUAACUGGUGGCUUCUUUGGAUGCAAAGCUAGAAGCUUCAACAAAGAGGAUUGAUUCACUAUCGAUGAAAAGCAGCAAAACUGGUGGACUUGAUCAUCAUCACUUAGUAAAUGCAAACAUGAACUCGGCCCCUUUUCGUGAACUCAAUGAUCUUAAUGAUCCCCGAUAA